GACACAGAACCCCAAAUCUGUAAUUAUCUUAGGGAAACUGUAGGGGCUUAGAUGGUACUUUCUGGUUCCUUUGCCUUUUCUUGGCCUAUCUCUCUUUGGGGCUGGAGAGCUGGUGUGUGUGUGUUUCCCUUACAGUGCCCCCCCCCCCCAAAAAAAAAGUGCUGAAGAGUCCUAGGGAGAUGAAGCUAUUUUUGUUCGAAGCUGAUACUUCUGCCUGAGCCACAAGUGCUGCUUGGAAAGGGCUCAGGUUGUUUCCAGGGGGGAGAACUCUGCAGAGAAGAGACAAAAAGUUCAACAGGACAACAAAGGAGCAGCAGAAACAGCCAGGAAAAGGAAGAGCCCUCACGCUUUCACACAGAGCCCCCUAUCAGAGUUCUCCAAACCUAAAUUAUUCUGCAAAGGGCCACUUGACCGGAAUUUUUGCCUGCCUUUUCCUUUCUCCAACCACCAUGACUGAGAUCACGGCUGAAGGAAAUGCAUCUACAACCACAACGGUGAUCGACAGCAAGAAUGGAUCUGUGCCCAAAUCCCCUGGAAAAGUGAUGAAGAGGACAGUCACAGAAGAUAUAGUGACAACAUUCAGCUCCCCAGCAGCCUGGCUUCUGGUCAUUGCUCUGAUCAUCACGUGGUCAGCUGUGGCCAUUGUUAUGUUUGACUUAGUGGAUUACAGAAACUUUUCAGCAAGCUCUAUUUCCAAGAUGGGCUCAGAUCCUCUAAAACUUGUACAUGAUGCUGUGGAGGAAACCACGGACUGGGUCUAUGGCUUCUUUUCUUUGUUGUCUGACAUCAUCUCAUCUGAGGGUGAUGAAGAAGAUAAUGGUGAUGGAGACAAGGACACUGAUAAAGGAGAAAUAGAGGAGCCUCCCUUGAAAAAAAAAGAAAUACACAAAGAAAAGACUGAAAAGCAGGCGAAAACUGAAAGGAAAAUACAAACUAAAGUCACACACAAAGAGAAAGAAAAAGACAAAGAAAAAGGAAAACCUGAAAAGAAAGCAACUCACAAGGAAAAAAUUGAGAAAAAAGAAAAACCAGAAACAAAGACAGUGGCAAAAGAAGAGAAGAAAGCUAAGACUAGAGAAAAGACUGAAGAAAAGAUUAAAAAGGAAGUGAAAGGUGCGAAACAGGAGAAAGUGAGGCAAACAGCUGCAAAAGUAAAAGAAGCACAGAAAACAUCACCUAAACCCAAAGAGAAGGACAAGAAAGAUGCUGCAGUGGUGUCCAAGCAUGAACAGAAAGAUCAGUAUGCAUUCUGUCGAUAUAUGAUUGACAUAUUUGUCCAUGGGGAUUUAAAACCAGGACAAAGCCCAGCCAUACCACCUCCAUUACCAACAGAACAAGCUUCUGGACCCACUUUGACAUCCCCAACUCUUGAAGAAAAAGAAGAAGAAAAGAAGAAAGCUGAGAAUAAAGUGACUUCCGAUACAAAAAAGAAAGAAAAAGAAUAUGUCAAAAUGAAAACUGAGAAGGAAACUGCCAUGGAUGUAAAGAAAAAAGAUCCUGGCAAAGUCCCAGAAGCCAAACAAGGGACAAUAAAAAUUGCAGCACAAGCAGCAACUAAAAAAGAUGAAAAGAAGGAAGAUUCCAAGAAAACAAGAACAACUGCAGAAGAACUACCCAAGGGAAAAAAACAGGAAAAGAAAGAAAAACAUGUAGAACCAGCAAAAUCACCAAAGAAGGAACAUUCAGCUCCAAGUGAAAAACAAGUUAAAGCAAAAACUGAACGAGCCAAAGAAGAGGUUGGUGCUGCCUCAACUAAAAAAGCUGUACCUGGAAAGAAGGAAGAGAAAACAACCAAGGCAGUGGAGCAAGAAAUUAGAAAAGAAAAAUCCAAGAAGACUUCUUCAGUUCUGAAGGAUAAAGAGCCUAUUAAGGGAAAAGAAGUGAAGGUUCCAGCUUCUCUGAAGGAAAAAGAACCUGAAAUUAAAAAAGAUGAAAAGAUGUCCAAAGCAGACAAAGAAGUCAAGCCCAAGUCUCCACAGCCACAAGUAAAAAAAGAAGAUAAGCCAGAGUCACAAGUUAAAAAGGAAGCAAAACCAGCAUCAUCCGAAAAAGCUCAAAUACACAAACAAGACAUAGUGAAACCAGAAAAGGCUGUUUCUCAUGGUAAACCAGAUGAAAAAGUUGUCAAGCAGGCAAAAGCUAUCACAAUAGAAAAAACAGUCAAACCCAAACCAACAAAAAAAGCUGAACAUAAAGAAAAAGAAUCUCCAUCUAUAAAAACAGACAAGCCAAAACCAACUCCAAAGGAAACAUCAGAAGUAACAGCAUCAGUGAAGAAGAAAAUUGAAAAAUCUGAAAAGGAAAGUAAAGAAAAAGCAGAAAUGAAAUAUCUUAAAGAAGAAAAAGUGCCAACUAGAAAAGAAAGUCUUCAAUUACACAAUGUGACAAAAGCAGAAAAACCUGCAAGAGUAUCAAGAGAAGAUUCUGAAGAUGUACCAGCUUCAACGAAAGCUAAAGGAGAAGAUUCUGAAGAUGUACCAGCUUCAACGAAAGCUAAAGAAGAAGCUGAAGAUGUGUCUUCCACAAAGAAACAAAAAAGCCCCAUCAGCUUCUUCCAGUGUGUAUACUUGGAUGGAUACAAUGGCUAUGGGUUUCAGUUUCCUGUCACGCCUGCACACCACCCUGGAGAGAGCUCUGGCCAACCACGUUCUCCAGGACAGAAGCAACAAGGACAAUAAGACACAUAUAUACAGCCCUUACGAGUGCUUUAAGACUUUGAAAAUAGGAUCUUCUGUUUGUCCAGAGUGGCACAUGCAAUUGAAAUCAUAUAGUCUGGGGAAUUUCUUUGACACUGUUUCACUCUUCUGUCUGGUGUAGAAAGAAAGAGUGAGCAAAGGGACUGAAUGAUAAGUAGACAAGAUGGAGGGUCUGGCGCUCAAGAAUCUCUCAUUGGUUUGUUGCUGGGUGUGAGUACUUAUGUUUUUCUAUUUCCACUCACUGUAGGGUUGUUCACAAAUUAAGUUAAAUUUUACUUAAUAAUGGUCUUUUAAACAUAAUUGACACAAUGACAUUUCUGGCUUCAGUUAGAUAUUUACUUUUAAGUGAAAACACGGACUAUGCUAUAAGUUUAAAGGGUAUAGGAGCUUAUACAAAAGCUGCUCUUUUGCAUCAUGUAGGUAUCUAAAUGCAAUUUACCCAGUAAGCUGAUGUUUAAUAGUUUUU